AUGCCUUCCGAAAGCGAAGUCCUCCGUCACUACGAAGCCGUAGCCGACAACUUCACCGGCAAUCGCAGUGCCAUGCAAGAGCAGCGUGAACAGUGGGCAUCGCGCACCCUGGCGCCCCAACGCGAGGUAUACGACGCGCAAGAUGUGACGCUGUUCCUGAAGAAAUACUGCCAAGAGGCAGACCACAUGCCCAUCCAAGACCUGGUCCGCAGGUAUGAGAAUGUCAGAGGCCAAAACCUGACCUCGUUCGACGAGGUGCUCCGCCUGGUCGAGGACUUCAUGCGCAGCUUCGACGAGCUGUUCUUCUUCGGGCUCCUCAGACGGCAGGUGCAGCCGCCGGUCAGUGACGCGGACACCAUCCCGCGCAAGCGCCCGAUGGUCGAGUUGAAGGUAUUUGAGCAUUGGGACGAUGGCGGGAGAUUAGGUUCGUAUGACAAGGAAGCGCAAAUAAUCCAGAUGUGGGCCGCGAGAAGGAUCCUCGACAGGCCGUACUGCAAGCCAGAGGACUUGAUUGCGACCCUUGCACACGAGAUGGUCCACGCCUAUCUGGAUAUAUUCGUCGACAUCGGCCUCGACGACAAUGACGGCACGAAGUGGAUAAAUUGGGUUCACAUGUAUGGCCACAGCGAGAUGUUUCUUGAACUGCAUUGGUUCAUACUGGAUAAGCUAUAUUCCUGGACAGAGGCCGGCCGGUUCUCUGACCUCGCAAGGGCCGACAGGCAGUCUCUGGAGCAUUGGCGACUUGCGAUGUCUGGAGCAUUGGAGAGCCAUGAUGAUCAAUCCGAGGCCGACUGGAGCAGUGGCGAGUUAUGA